AUGACCCAGAGCAGCAGAAGAUAUGUCAACAGUGGGAUCAGUCGGCUGGUGAUCGGACAUGACAGCACGGGCAUGCAUGCCAGCUGGUUCCUCGGCAGUGUCCAGAUCCGCGUGCCCCGCCAAGGCAAGCAGUACACCUUCCCCGCCAACCGCUGGCUGGACAAGAACCAGGCCGAUGGGCGCCUGGAGGUGGAGCUCUAUCCCAGUGAGGUCGUGGAGAUCCAGAAAUUCCAUUAUGAGGUUGAGAUUUGGACGGGGGACAUGGGCGGCGCAGGCACCACGGCCCGAGUCUACAUGCAGAUCUAUGGUGAGGACGGCAAGACAGAGGUGCUCUUCCUAUCCAGCCGUUCGAAAGUUUUCGAUCGUGCAUCCAAGGACACAUUCCAGCUGGAGGCGGAGGACGUGGGUGAGGUCUUCAAGAUCCGGCUGGGGCACACGGGCGAAGGCUUCGGACCCAGCUGGUUCGUGGACACGCUGUGGCUGCGACAGCUGGUGGUGCGGGAGGUAGACCUCACGCCCGAGGAGGAGGCCCGGAGGAAGAAGGAGAAGGACAAGCUGCGGCAGCUGCUCAAGAAGGAGCGGCUGAAGGCCAAGCUGCAGAGGAAGAAGAAGAAGAAGAAGAAGAAGGGCAAGGAGGAGUUCGGGCCGGGAAUGCAGGAGGUGAUUGAGGAGUACAAGUUCGAAGCCCACCGCUGGCUGGCCCGGGGCAAGGAGGAUAAUGAACUGGCCGUGGAGCUGGUGCCGGCAGGCCGGCCGGGUCCUGAGCCCAACACCUAUGAGGUCCAGGUGAUCACAGGGAACGUGCCCAAGGCUGGCACCGAUGCCAACGUCUACCUGACCAUUUAUGGUGAGGAGUAUGGAGACACAGGCGAGCGGCCCCUGAAGAAGUCGGACAAGCCGAACAAGUUUGAGCAGGGACAGACUGACACCUUCACCAUCUAUGCUAUUGACCUGGGGGCUCUGACCAAGAUCCGGAUUCGCCAUGACAACUCAGGCAACAGACCAGGCUGGUUCCUGGACAGAAUAGACAUCACGGACAUGAACAACGAGAUCACGUACUACUUUCCAUGCCAACGCUGGCUGGCUGUGGAGGAGGAUGAUGGCCAGCUGUCCCGGGAGCUACUGCCAGUGGACGAGUCCUAUGUGCUGCCAAGCCAGGAUGAGGAGGGUGGGGGAGGGGGUGACAGCAACCCCCUCAACAACCUGGCCCUGGAGCAGAAAGACAAAUCUACCACAUUCUCAGUGACCGUAAAAACUGGGGACAAGAAGAACGCGGGCACAGAUGCCAAUGUCUUCGUCACACUCUUUGGCACACAAGACAACACUGGAAUGACCCUCCUGAAAUCCUCCAAGACCAACAGCGACAAGUUUGAAAGGGACAGCAUCGAAAUCUUCACAGUGGAGACGCUGGACCUGGGAGAUCUGUGGAAAGUCAGGAUUGGUCAUGAUAACACAGGCAAGGCUCCAGGCUGGUUUGUAGACUGGGUAGAGGUGGACGCCCCAUCUCUUGGAAAGUGCAUGACAUUCCCCUGUGGCCGCUGGCUGGCGAAGAAUGAGGACGAUGGAGCCAUCGUCAGGGACCUCUUCCACGCGGAGCUGCAGACGAGGCUGUACACACCAUGUAGGAAGCGCGUGUGGCAAGGCUGGCCCUCCUCCCACACCCCGUCGCCCACCACUCCAACUUGGUCCCAGCCCCUCCUCCAGCCCUGA